CAUCGUUCAGUCAUCGUAUUACCGUGGGGAAGGAGUGUUGUUAUUACGUUUCGUAGUCCGCUAACACCGCAUUAUUUAUUAUAUUUACAUGUCUGACACCGCAUAUCCUUUGAACUGUAAUAGACUAUUUGCAGUUAGUUUAAGAAACCAGCUUUGAAUUUGUGAUUGUUGUCACAUGACAGUGCGCGUGUUGUGCUCUAUCGAUAUAACCUGUACAACUUCAAGGGCACGGGCAACUUUGUGCUUUGGAUGCGGUGCUCAAGAAGCUGUUCUAGGGAUUUUAGCCUUGCCUUUUGUAAGAUGUAAGUGGGCGUAUUCGAAAGUUUGAAAAUCGAUCGGGUGACGUGCGUGCGUGGGAUUACGUUUACGUAAUCUUUGUUUACCUUGGGAAUUUGCACUGUGUUGAUUACCGAGUCCUUUAUCACAACAUCUCUGGCGAUUGCAGACACAACACAAUACGGUCGAUGUCAGAAGAAUAAUUAGAAUUCCAGUUAACAGAUUUCUUACAUAAUUGAAGUUAUAUAACAGACAUCGCUUGGAAUGACUCAAAUUAAUCAGGAAGCGUUGGCCCUAGCGUCCCGGGCGUGGGCGUGAGAUGGCUCGUGCGGGCAUGCUGCACAGAGGAAAAAAUGGACCUGAAGGGUGCGACGACGUGCAGCGAUCUCUUGAACUGCUGGACCAGGUGCUGAGCGAGUACGACGACUCGCCUCGAUCGCUGGAGGCGAGGGCUCCUGCGCCCACGCCGCCCACGCCCGCCACGCCCGCGGACGACGAUUCGCCCCUCGCCGGACAUACGUCCGAGGACGAUGGAUACAUGAGCAUGAACGGACGCAGAGCGAAGUUCGCGCUGGGCUUUCGACCAACAGAGGAGCGCGAAGAGCCUUCGCCUCCUGACCCUACGUCACCGCAUUCUCCACCUCCGCCAGAGGAGGCCGAGAGGAUCAUUUCAAACCUCUUACCGAAAGUGUCACCAGCAAAUUCAGCGAAACGUACAAUAUCGAUAGAGCGACGCGAUGAGGACAAACUUGACUCAAUUAUCAGCGUUAACGGCAUCACCACCGCUACACAAACUACAUUCCCAAAAACAAGGCACCAAAGGCCUUAUGGAUGGGAGAAAGACACCGAAUCAAACCACACUCAUUUCAAUCAAUCACCGCCUUUUAAGUUCAGUUCGCUCCAACACGGAACGAGACCGCCCCAGGAAGGCGUCAUCCCGUGGCUGCCUCCGCGUCAAGUUCCCGUCAAAUCUCCCAGCUUCGAGAACCCACCGAUCUUUCCAUUCAUGGGUUUCUCCAGCGAAUUCAACGACAAGCCAUACAAUGAGCAUCCCGUCACCAUUUAUCCGGGGCCCAAUAUAUACAAAUCGCCCACGUACAAACUCUCCCCGUCCAUAAAAAUUGAGAAGAAACGAGACAGCAGGUCCGACGAAGAGAUCCUGUCUCCGAAGGGAAAGAUUCCUCCCCGAACUCUCGCCGGUUCUAUGGAGCGACAUAGAGAGGUGUGUAGAGGAUCCUCAGAGGAUAUGGAGAAGAGAGUUGAGAGAAAUGAUGAGGAGCAUUUCUCGGACGAUUCCUUGGAGUCGUUUCCGCCGCCGCCGACCACCAACACGCCUUCGAAACGCAAUUCCAUAGCAUGGGAAGUGUCCCUCGAUGGUGAUGAUCCUCUACUUACACCGGGUAGUACAAAGGUUAUCGGGAGACGUAGGAGAAGAUCAGGCGACCAAUCUCACUCCAGCACAAGCUCGAUUCCUCAAAAGUUGGAGGACGAUUGGGCAGAAGAGUACUGGCCCCCUCCGCCCCCUCAGUCCCAAUGCGAGAGCCAAGCGUCACCAUCUGACGCUGAACCGGAGCUACGUCGAACCCACGACCUUUCCUGCGGCACCUACGUCAUCAGAAAGGGCAAAAACCGAAAGCAGCUACCGAGUUUCGCCAAGAGCCCCAAAGCGACCGAUCCCCCUAACCUAAUAAAAAGCCAUAGCCUAAACAGAAGCACGGACAAAUCCAUAGACGGAUCCAGCAUAUCGAUAAGUGGCUCGGGCUCCGUCGGCUCCUACAACUCCAGACCUAGCUCCGAUCUAAGUCUACCUCAGUCUAGAUAUAGUGUCGACUUAAAUUCUCGAUUGAGUCGAGAACUCAACACUCCGAACUCGAGAUAUAGCAUAGACUUAUGUACACCCAACUCUAGAAUAAGCAAAGAGGUGACUUCUCCUAAAUCUAGGCUCAGUUUGGAUCUUAACGGACAGGAUAAGUACAUGAAUCAGGAUUACUACGCACACAGUCCUAAGAGCAGAAAGACGCCGGAGAAGAGAGAACCAAAAGUUCAGAACAAACUGUCGCCGCAAAAUAGAUUCACCGAUUUUAAGAAAUAUUCGUCUACCUUUGAUAAUAUACAAUCGUUGAUUAAGGAAGGGAAAGUCGAGGAGGCACCUCAGAAUGAGUGUAACGAGACGGUCGGUGAGCUCUCCACUGUACCGCCGAACAUGGUCCGUGUCAUAUCUCUACCCACACUCGGGGCGGAGUCCGAGAGCAACAGUGCCAGCAGACAGGCGCUCAUCACGACCGUGGAGGAAGAGGAAGACCAGGAAAUUGCCGAACGAAACUCCAGCGGGGAGACAUCUCCGCUUCGGAAGAUUGAAAAUAAUAUAAGUGCUAUACUAAGUCAAGGGCGGGACCACUUUACCCCAUACUUACCUAAAGACUGGAAUAUCCAUAAGGAUGAAUACUGUGAUGAAGUGUCUAAAGAUAUAUUAGAAAACAGUUUCCGUUAUAGUUCUAGGGAGAGGCAGAAGAGACACGAUAUCCAAAAAUCGUCGAGUCACAAUGAGAUUCAAAACCAGAGGUCGAUCGAGAGAAGAGACCGAUCUUCGGGACGAAGGUCAAAUAGCAUGCAUAAGUCUACCAGUGCCAAAGACGUGCCAGUCAGUUUGAUGCGUCAGCCGUCGUCAUCAGAUUCCGCAGUUUCCAGCGGUGGAGACUUUCCAUUAAAUGUUCAAAUCGUGGAACAUCCCUAUAGGCACAAUCAGCUGCCUCCGUCGCCCAAUUUGGGCCACGACAGAGGUCCUUUACCUCAAACACCAGAGUCACCCAAAUUUCCGCCUUUACCGCCCUCUCCUGUACAAGAGGUCGAUGAUGAAUAUACGGAGAUAAUGCAACCGACUGAAAGACGCCACACUAAGAAAGCGGACACUUUACCGACGCCAACACUGGAAUCUCGUAGAAGGCCUUCAGAACCGCCAGCCGUACCACCACAUAGGGACAACACAAAUAGCCUAAAAACCAGGUCGAUGGAAACCAGCUACAACAAGAACAGAAGAAACAGUUCACAACAUUUCAAAAGCGGAUCAACGGAUAGGAGAACCCUACCCACAGAUACAGGAGCGAGUGGCGCUCGUCGUCGUACUUUACAGCGCCAGAACCGAGACCUUUCCAGUGGUAGGGGGCAGUUGCAGACUUCCGCUAGUCUACCCGAGACACCAGUCUUUGCUCGGGGUUGUGACGUCCCUCGCACUCCGCCUAGGAACUCAACUGGGCCGCCUAGAAAUAACACUAUGAGUUCUAUGCAAACCAUAGGAAGUAGUGUUACUUUGGGUGGAUAUGGGCGUGGGUCAGUGAUGGGAACAUCGGGAGUAUGUACGGGCGCUGAUCUUCUCAGGAUGGGAGGACCUCCUCGAGGCUGGUACCCGCGACAGAGGCAUAGGCCUGCCUCCAUCGAGCAUCUAGACAGAAUCUCUUCAUCCAAAAUGGCAGCAGAUCACCCAAUAGUGUGGGACAACGCUGGUGCUCGCAAACCGUUAACACUACCGCCGAAUUUAACCCCGAAAUUCUUCCAAAAGUCUCCAAGAGAAGCGCUUCGAAGAGUUACAAGCUUAUUAAUACGAAAAGGUAACAAUGGGAAAGAAAAGGAAAACACAAAAAACAAGGAAGCAACCUCUCCAGCAGCACGCUCAGCUAAUGGUGAGGAGCAUCCCGGUCAGAAGCAACGUAAAGGUUUCUUUCGGAACCUUUGGAAGAAGUCUCGCCAUUAUUCCUUAGAGCAUCCAUGACUCAACAACGAGUCAUAUCGAUGGACACUUUGCUUACCAUAAACUCGAACUGCUCUCCGAAGCACGUUACCUACUGUUGUAUUUAACCGCGCACAACUACUAUUGCAAUGAUUUAUUUAUUCGAAAUAAGUAAUAUAUUGUUCAUAAUAUUAAGCGUUAAUAUUUUUAACAAAUAGUGUACACGUGUGAAUGUGGCUUUGAGAUGUGUAGUUGUAAGUCUUAGGUACCGACAUGGAUGUUUGAAUAAAUCAAUUAAUAAACUAACUUCCUUAAAAUGCGACGAUAUUGUCACGUAUAUAGUAAAAUUAAAAAGCCCACUUACUAUUUUACGAUUACAGUCGUCAUCUUAGUCUCAAGUUGCAGUCUUUUAAUAUUACCAAUAAAUACCAUCACUACCACAGCUACUGAUCAUUGAAUUUAUUUAAAUGUACAGUAUUACUAUUUAUAAAUGAUCUUUUAACAAUCUUAUAAAAAUUACAAGCUACGCUUUUGCGUAUAUUAAUUGACACUUACUUACUUUCUACCCAUUAUAUAAGCUUGGCCUACGUUUUUAUGAGUUUUUUGCCUUGACGCUUCUUUAUCAUGUAUUAAUUAUGAACUGUAGAAAUGUAGAUAUACACAUAGAAGUUUAAGUACUAUUUCUGUUCUCACCACGAUACUUGGGAGUUACGCUGAAUAACACAAUACAUAUUUAUACAUGUUUACACAACAGCUAUUGGCACAACAACUUUUAUAAGUUUAAAUGUACUAUUUUGUCUUAGAAUUUAGGCUUGUAAAGUUACUCUUGUAUUGAAGAAUUUCUAAGAACCAAAGUCAUUUUUGAGGACUACAAGUUUUAACAUUUUAUACCAAUUCUUGUAUUCGAGUGUACUUAAAUCUCUAUUAUUAUUGUAGAUUUUGUCAGAAGAAAAUAAAUUA